CGACACCUGCUUCAACAACUGAGGCAACAAUGACACCAACCCCAACAACAACUGAAGCAACAAUGACAUCUCCAACAACUGAAGCAACAACGACAUCUGCUCCAACAACUGAGGCAACAACGACGCCUGCCGCGACAACAGCUGAAGCAACGACAACUGUUCCCACAACAACUGCAUCAACAACCGAUACAACAACACCUGCUCCAACAACAACAACUGUCCCCACAACAACUGAAGCAACGACACCUACUCCAAAUAUUGAGGCGACAACGACACCUGUUCCAACAAUUGAGGCGACAACGACACCUGUUCCAACACCUGAGGCAAACACUACACCUGCCCGGACAACAACUGAAGCAACAACGGCAUCUCCAACAACUGAUGAAACAACGACACCAGCUCCAACAACUGAGGGAACAACGACACCUGCUUCCACAACUGAGGAAAUAACAAGUGUCCUGAUAACAAGAGCAUCAACAACAACACCUACCCUGACAACAACUGAAGCAAUGACAACAACUGCCCCGACAACAACUGAAGCAACAACGACACCUGCCCCAACAACAAAUGAAGCAACAAUGAAACCAACCCCAACAACAACUGAAGCAACAAUGACAUCUCCAACAACUGAAGCAACAACGACAUCUGCUCCAACAACUGAGGCAACAACGACACCUGCCGCGACAACAGCUGAAGCAAUGACAAAUACUCCAACAACUGAGGCAACAACAACUGUUCCCACAACAACUGCAUCAACAACUGAAACAACAACAACUGCUCCAACAACAACAACUGUCCCCACAACAACUGAAGCAACGACACCUACUCCAACAAUUGAGGCGACAACGACACCUGAGGCAAACACCACACCUGCCCGGACAAUAACUGAAGCAACAACGGCAUCUCCAACAACUGAUGAAACAACGACACCAGCUCCAACAACUGAGGGAACAACGACACCUGCUUCCACAACUGAGGAAAUAACAAGUGUCCUGACAACAAGAGCAUCAACAACAACACCUACCCUGACAACAACUGAAGCAAUGACAACAAUGACAUCUCCAACAACUGAAGCAACAACGACUUCUGCUCCAACAAAUGAAAGCAUCAACAACAACACCUACCCUGACAACAACUGA